AUGGAAUACCGCCUUAAGUUUUCACUAAUUGACGAUGAUGAGGCGCCCCUCUUUGUAUCUGUUGCGAUCAACUUUGCUCAUGUUCGAUUCGGCCAUGCUUUCGCUGAUAACGUAACAUUGCAACAAGAUAGCGUGAGAUUUGCACGUACUUGCAACGUGUCUGAUAUACGAGUGAUUUGUGGUGAACAAUUGAUAAGAAAUAGCAUCAUAAUCUUCGAUCAGCUGCAGAAAGAAUUCUCCAGAUUUUAUUCUACGUUCAAUGAUCAAUCUGCAACAACGAAGAAAUCGUUCAUCCUUCUCUCCUUUUUUUACAAAGAAUUCAAGAAAUUUUUGAGACACUAAAUAAUCGAUAUGAUUUAUCGAUUUGAUGGUUUUUAUCCAAACAGAAACCGAUUGUUGCAUUUAAUUGUGAGAAAAGACAAACAUGCUUGUUUGUUAUUAUCGACUUGUAUAAGGGAUGCAGCGUGUUGCACGUUAUGGUAUAAUUAGCACGCGACGUUGUACAUAUUCUAAUGUGUAUAAUGUGCUUCUUGGAGUGUGGAAUUGAGACUUAUCUGAAAAAAUCUAGAAGCGAUAGAAACGUAGAGACAGAUCGUGGUAUACCCUCGUUAAACUUCGUGGUCAAGUUUGAACGGUGUUGAUCUUCUCCAUGCAAGCUGGUCAUCUCUACAGCCUGUGCCAGGCACAUUGUCGACAUGUCGUUACUCGGCUCCUGGUCACCAUGUGGAUUUUAUGCGAUUUUACUCACAAUUACUACACAGUACUCCAGAAAUCUGUGGUUUUUGUGGUCGAUCUUUAGGACUAGACCAAUCACUUGUUCACAUAAUUAAUUUGAUUACAAUUUAUAUUCUUGCAUUUCGGUAUUAUUUUUAUUUGAUUUAUUA